CAACGUUAUCAGUGUGCGAUUAGAUAGAGCGGCGAGCGCACCGGUGCGUCCUGUCCACGCCGUACCGCCUCCGCGCCGCCUCCGCACUGCCACCAGCGCCGCCAGCACCGCCGGCGCCGCCAUGCGCUCCAAGGACCGACUCGCCGAACUCAAGCAUUUGGCGAACGGGUCCGGCGUGUACCACGACACCGUAGAGCUGGACCUCACCGAGCCCGGCGAAUAUGUCAAGCAGGUCGACGAAAUGUUCCUCGAGGUGGAACGCAUGCGCGGGUGGAUACAUGAGCUCAACGGCAACACACAGUUGAUGCGGCGAUUGCACUCCGAUCCUACCUACCACAACAACAAGCAACUGCAGGACCAGCUUGACUCGGCGAUCACACAAUCCAAUGCGCUCGGGCUGAAGAUAUGCGGCGCUCUGCGGCAGUUUGAGACACGAGCGGCACGCUCGUCCCGGAAUGACGCGGCGUCGCGCAUCGCGCGGUUGCAGUACGCCGCCACUCGCGCGCUGUACGCGGACGCCCUGCAGGCGCACCACCGCGUGCUGGACGCCGUGCGGGAGCAUCAGCUGCACCUGCUGCAGGAACAGAUCAGACUUACAAACCUCACUAUAUCCGACGAGGAAUGCCAGAGCUUGCUGGAUACGAAGAAUAUAUCUUUGUUUGUUGACAAUGUGAAGGCCGAGACGGCGGAGGCGCGCCGAGCACUGCGCGCGGUGGAGGCGCGCCACGAGGAGCUCACGCGCGUCGAGGCCUCACUGCGAGAGGUGCGCGACCUGUUCCAGCAGCUGGCGCACCUCGUGGCGCAGCAGCAAGAGCAAGUGGACAGCGUGGAGUACUACGCGCUGCAAGCCACCGAGCACGUUGAAUAUGGCGGACACCAGUUACUCAAGGGCACCGUCAGCCGCACUAAGGCGAGGAAGAAAAAAAUAAGUCUCAUUAUAUGUCUGGCAGCGGGGUUCCUGAUUGUGCUGCUGGUGUUGGUGCUAACUUAACGUGUGUGUGCGCGUGCGCAGCGUGCGCCGUGCGCACAUGACGACGGGGCUUGCGCCUCUACCGCACGCCGACUUUUAAAUAUAACAGCCAUCUAUACGAUACAAACGUGCGAACGGCACCAGGAGGGCGAGGCGCAAGCAGCGCCGCAUGUCUACUACCGGCCUCUCUCCCUCACUUCGUCUGCCGUUGUAACGAAGUGCUUAAGUAUGUAUCGUGUCGUAUUCGAAUCUUGCGAAGGCGCGAGAUCUAGUCAUGUAUAAAGUUUCAUUCUAUAUUAUUAUAAGUUAAGUGAACAAUACAUGUGAUAUACAAGUGA